GAGAGCCAUCAGGACGGCUGAGAUGGCAAUGGGCUCGCCAAUCAAACAGAUGCUGCCCUGUGAGGCUUCCUGUCACAGCAAGUUGGGUAAGUCGGUGGUGGCCCGGAAACCAUUGCAGAAGGGCGAGAUAUUAACUCUCGACAUGCUGACAGUAAAAGUGGCCGAACCGCAUGGUGUGAGACCAGAGAACAUCUUCAAACUGGUUGGCAAGAAAAUCAAGGUGGACCUGGAAAAAGAUGCCACCAUCACUGAUGCCAUGAUAAAUGGCUGAUGAUUGUACACUCCAUAACUAAAGGGGAAA